GGUCAUUACUAUUUCAUUUGCAAGUGAACACAUUGUGUAAAUCCAGAUAAAGAAGCUGGGCAGGUCAGCUGAACACAAGACUAUAAAUCACAUUCACUUUAAAACAUCUGUUUGCCUGGGAAGGAUUUUUACUAACACAACAGACCAACUCUGAUCUAAAAGGGACUUCCUAAAGCAAUUGGAGUUAAAUUUAUACUAAUAAUAUUUAAGAGGGAAGAAAAUAUGUAUUCAGCAGUGAGCUUAUCCUUCAUAUUACUUGCCAUUUCAUCCAAUUUUGCAAUAGCAAUCAAUAAGGAAAAGCGAGUACCCCAGACCCUCUCUAGAGGAUGGGGAGAUGAUAUCACUUGGGUACAAACAUACGAAGAAGGCCUCUAUCAGGCAAAACAAAGUAAUAAGCCAUUGAUGGUUAUUCACCAUUUGGAGGAUUGUCAAUAUUGUCAAGCAUUAAAGAAGGUCUUUGCAGGAAGUCAAGAAAUACAGGAGAUGUGUCAGAAUGAUUUCAUCAUGCUCAACCUCAUGCAUGAAACGACUGAUAAGAACUUAUCACCUGAUGGACAGUAUGUGCCUCGAAUCAUGUUUGUAGAUCCUUCUCUCACAGUAAGGGCUGAUAUCACUGGAAGAUACUCAAAUCGAUUGUAUACUUAUGAACCUCAAGACCUAUCUGUGUUAAUUGAGAAUAUGAAGAAAGCAUUGCGUCUCAUUCAGACUGAAUUGUAAAUGAGUGCUGUAUUAAUGAUCACAACAGAAAAAAGAAAUGUGGACCAAAAAAAAUCAUUUACCAAAGUUGUUCAGUUCUCUUCUCCCUCUUUGAAAUGUCAUCUACUAACUUUGCAAGUUCAUUUCACAUCUGCUAAAAAAAAUUAAUAGUGCCUGUAAUAAUAUAAGAAUUCAGUGACAAAAAAUUGAUGUUCAUCAAGAUACUUCUCUCCUUGAGAUUUUAUACAGCAGUGAAGAAGAAAUACCCCAGGAGAUUUCUUCACAUACUGAAAAAUCUCUUAUGCUAAGGAUACAAGUACACAGAUUUAGUGAAGAAAUUGUGUUUUAUUGCCUUUCUAAAUAUACAGUAUGUGUCUGUUUAGACUGCAUUAAUGCAGUUUAUACUACAUUAAUGAAGGCCACUACAAACCUCAGCAAACAAGUUCUUUUCUGUAUAUAUUGUUGCUAGAAUUAGAGAUGCUUCUGUUCCAUAUAUCUCCUGAAUUCAUAGUCCCCUGAUACUUUCAAUUAUAGAAGUUCAAAUGGAGUGAAUCAAUAUAAUAUAGCAAUUAAGGGGUUGAAUUGAGACUUGGAAAACCUGGGAUCAAAUCCCCAUUUAACCAUAGAGUUUAUUGAAUUAGGGCUAGACUUGGGCUAUAUUGCUCAGCCCUGCUUAUUUCACUAGGACAUAGUGAGGAUGAUGUGAGGGGUGACUAUAUUUGUGAUGCCUUAAUCUCCUUAGGGAAAUAUGAACAGCAAUGCUAUAUCAGUUAGAACUCUCCGUUUUGCAAUCCUGUAUAGAAAAAUACUAUAGGAUAGGAAAAAAAAGUAGUCAUUUGCUAGAAUGCAAGAACAAAUUGAUUCUUCAUCAAGUUCCAUGGGAAGGACUCAGUAAUAAUCAACUUAUAUUUGAAGCUCUGAAUAUGCUGCAAAUGACUGAAUGAGCUGGCCAAAAUACUGCCAGUGUUUUGUAGUUUCAAGAAAUAAAUAAAAAAAUCUGCAGUCAA